AUGACAAGCAUCCACAAGCUUAGCCCGGCGCCAAUGGAUCCCAGGCCCCGCCAAGGAAAAUCACGGGGAUUCGACAUCCUCUCGCGAUCCGGCACAAGGAAAUCAGACGUUUCGAAACGCCUAUCGCUUGAUCGUCUGGAGGCGGGACGAACCUUAGCAAGUUCACCUUACCCAAGGUUUGGACUGGGUGGGCUGCUACCAUACAAAAGUUUCCCCAUUGUUCUCUCCUGCCUAAGCAGGAGUCGAAAACUAUCUGGCGAUCAUCCAUACCCUAUUCCGAAGAUGGCACGAAUUCCGCGGUUCUCGGUAUCGUGGGCGCCUAUGUUUGUCUGCCUCAUUGCGCUCUUCAGUACAUUAGUUGCUUCGGCGACGGUAGGAGACCUGGAUACGAUACAAGGGACCAACGGCAAGGGAGAGACGAAGAUGUUGCUAGUCGACAGAUAUCCAGCCCUUUACAGUGGGGACUUCGGAGACUGUAUGGGAGGACAGAGCUUGAUUAACCUUACGUCUUUCGACGGAGCCUAUUACGCUGAUAAUAUGACCGUGCUGUUCAACCUCGCAGGAACAACCAAUCUGCGAGACGAAUCCUUGAUGCUAUACAUAUCCGUGUAUGCCUAUGGAGAGAAUAGGUUCAGCAUGAUCUUCAACCCCUGCAAUGCAAACUUUUAUAGUUUAUGUCCUUUGAAUGCCAGUGUUCCAAUUGCUGGUGGAGCUGUCAUUCCCGUAUCAGCAAACGACGUCGCGGCCAUUCCUGAUAUUGCAUUAGGUAUUCCUGACUUCGAAGGAACCUUGCAGCUAAGCUUCUUUUCCAACUCUUCGCAGACUGAGAUAGCAUGCUUCUCGGCCGUCAUGAGAAAUGGAGCGAGCUUUUCCCAUCCUGUAGCAGUGGGUACUGUCCUCGGGAUUUUCACUGUUGUUGCUCUUUUCGCAUCUUUCGCGACGGCAGUCUACGGAGUCAGCGUACCUCACAUUCGAACCCAUUACGCCCAUUCCCUGUCCGUACUUGUGAUUUUCGAAGUCUUCCAGUCAAUCCUUUUCUCUGGCGCCUUGUCCUUAAACUGGCCUAGUGUAUUGCCUGCUUUCUGGAGCAAUUUUGCUUGGUCAGCUGGCAUGAUCUCCACUUCGUCCAUGGUCAAGUCUAUCAACGGCUUUGCUGGAGUAUCAGGGAACUCAAGCCAGGUUGGUGGUGCUGGAUCUACCGUCUUGAAUAACAACGGUGGACUUCAGCAGCAGAUUUAUGGACGUUCAAUAGAGGCUCUGGCCCGAGACAGCGAGGAAGCUACUAGUCAUCUGUACAGACGUGCCGUCAAUGAGACCCAAGGAGCUAGACUUUUCGAUUGGGCUGGCCUUCCUGUUUCUCCUGGAUUACCCACGCCCGGGAACUGGUCUGGGUUUGCUGGUACGCUCCAAUUUGUCGAGGUUCCGGCAGCGGAUGCCUUCAUGAUCGGAUUCCUUUGGCUGCUGAUCCUCAUUGCGAUUUUGAUUGGGGCCACGAUGCUUUUCAAAUGGUCUCUCGAAGGACUAAGCUCUAUGAAAUUGAUCAAGCGGGACCGCUUUCUGCUUUUCCGCGAUCACUGGCUCGGCUUCGUCGGUCUCAUCGUCCUUCGAACGAUGUUUAUUGCGUUCUUCAUGAUGAUGACCCUGACCUUGUUUCAGUUUUCUUCCAGUGGAAAAGCAGGUCCAGUUGCAAUUGCAGUCAUCGUAUUUCUCAUAUUCUUCGUCGGAGCUUUGGGAGUCUCAGCCUACGCCUGCUUCUAUAGGGUCCGAUUCGGAAAAUACGAGUCUUCUCCUGAUCGGAUCCACUUCCAGCCAAAGAAGGUCAUGAGGUUUGUUCCAUGGUACAAAGCCGUUCGAGAAAGCUCGUUGGACGAAGAGGAGAAGGCAAACACCGCUGGGUCUGUUUCGUUCUUCCAGAUCAAGUUCAUCGAUAAUGACGAGGCAGAACAAAGCGUUCAUCAGAAUGUAAAAUUCACCACACGCUUUGGCUGGCUUUCUGCUCGAUAUCGUCGCACAAGAUGGUGGUUCUUCGCAUUCUGGGUUAUCUAUCAGUUCAUCCGGGCUUGCUUCGUUGGUGGCGCGCGCCACAAUCCCAAGUCACAAGUCAUCGGUCUUUUCGUGUGGGAAAUAUUCUCCUUCGUGGCCAUUGCCUGGAUCAAUCCGUUCGAGGGUGCACGGAAUACGGCUCUAGCAGUGUGGAUGCUUGGGGUCAGUAAAGUCGCGACUGCUGGUCUUUCAAUUGCGUUUCUUCCUCAACUCAACCUCGCACGAAUCCCCACUACCAUUAUUGGCGUCCUUAUUAUCGUCAUACAAGGAUUCCUCGUUAUUGGUCUACUGGUCUUGAUCGUCCUCGGAGCUAUUUCCAGCUACAUGUCUCUUACUCGUAAUCGCGAGAGCGAAAACUUCAGACCUCGUGGUUUACGAAAGAUUCGGAUGAAGUAUUUUGGACAUCUGGAGAACAAGGAGAAGGACGUUCCCCCUCCUCCACCGCCCGAGCCCGAGGAGCCAAGAGAACCUUACUUCAACGUCAACAGCGUCCGUCGCGCUCCAAAGAUCGAAGAUGAGGACUUAGACUUCGUCCCCGGCACGAACGGUCUGAAUUCCAUGGCUUCCGCAUCCUCGUUGGCUGGCCCGCGAGGAAGCAGAGCCAACAGUGUGGCAAAUAGUGUGGCAGGCAGCAUGCGAAGUCAAUACGGCAAUGUUCCUUAUGGGGCCAGGGUACACAGAGCAAGCUGGAGUUCUCGCGACUUUCAGAAUUGGCGUGAUGAUGGUACAAGAGCAGGCUCGCCGCUCACGAUCCCCUUGAGAAACGUGAGCGGUCAACACGCAGCAGACAACUCAAUAUCACCCGCACCGCUGGCUCGACCUGCUGCUUCGCACAGCAACUUGCGACAUUCAACCCCGACGAGAGAUCAUCAAAGGCAAUUCUCAAAUUAA